AUGAGUACAAACGGUACAGAAGUAACUCUCUCCAACGACCUACCCCGACUCCUAAAGUGCUCCGUCGGUGUGAUUAUCACAUCAAGCAUCAUUUUCGAAAAUUUAAUCAUCAUUGUUGCCCUACUGCACUCCAAGAAGUAUCUCGCCAGACAGACUCGAAUUUUCUUAUUUAAUGUUGCUGUAGUUGAUCUUCUCACCGGACUUUGUAUUGUACCCGCGCUCACUGUGGUCGAGAUAUCCAACAAUGCCUACGCCUAUGCCAAGUUCUUUUACCUUUACUGGCUUACGGUUGGCGGAUUAUUGGUUAAUGCUCGUGUUCUUGCACUCGUACUUGUGGCAUUGGACAGGUAUCUUGCCAUCUGCCAUCCCAUACGUUACCCAGAUCUACUUGCUUUUUCACGAGCUCGAUUGAGUCUGAUGCUGUCGUGGGGCUUGGCGGUAUUUAUGCCUCUGCCUCAAUUAGCCAUCUUCUCAAUGGAACUUGUUCAACGAUCCCCAAAUGCCACAGAAACGUCCCUCCAACCCCACGAUUGGACUUACACUACCUCUCCUGCUCUCCGUGGAUUACUUGUAUUCAUGUUUUUCUUCCGCUUUGUGUUUCCCCUUGCGUUAACAAUUGUGGUAAACAUUCUGGCUUUUCGAGUGGCUGUAGAGUCAAAUGCAGGAUUUCGGAAUGGCGUCUUGAAAGUUAAGGAGCCGGAUAUACAAACAAACAAUGAGGCGACUCCACCCAAAAUGCCUAACAGCAUACACCGCCCUCACAGUCUCGCACCGAAUAAAAUUACUGUAAUGCGGAUUCAUCGGGGAAAUUAUAUGACCGAGGGAACAAAAGACUUAUUCGCCCAACUUCCAGGCACGCAUAGAUCAUUAAGUCGCCGUACUGCUGUCCUUCCCAACCUAAGUCUUGUUGGAUCUCACUCCGCAGAGAAUCCUCUUGAUUCGGGUCGGUCAUUGUCACGCAUUAACAGUGGAACUACUCCCUCAAAACUGCAGGAGACGUUCAAAGAGACCAACUCCAGCACGAGUACUGUGCGCAAACCACCAAACUCAGAUGCAUCCAUAACCCCUGACAGUGAGAACACCAGCACGGAGUCACAAUCCAAUCAGAAGGUCGCAUGGUGGCGGUCAACACGAUCGCACACCCCCAGUUUUAGAUUCAAAUUUCAUCACAAAAGGUUAAAAGACCUCGGUUCAAUGAUUCCCUUCACAAUCCUCCUCUUUGCGUUCCUCAUUUUCAGCCUUCCAUAUCACAUUCUACAGGCUUUAAAAGCUCUGUGGUCACGACUGGACCUUUCAAACGAGGUGCAUGCCUAUCUCUACUGGUUGACAUGCACCAAUGCUCUCAUUAAUCCUGUGAUAUUAACAUUCUGGUCGUCAGCGUGUCGAGCCAAAGUCCUCCACCUCAUCUCCUGUGGUCGAUUUCAUCCCAAUCAAGCGGCUAUCAAGAGGCUAAUUAUUGCCAGCUUUGGAACUGCCAACCUGCCCUAUGGACGACAGGUGCAUCCGCAAAUGCUAGGUGAAUGA